GUGAAUUCGAGUAGCGUUGAUCGGAUGCUCGACGACUUAAUGGUGCCAGCUGGGGAUUACGAUACACCACCGACACCGAUGUUGCCGUGGUGGUUCACGGCCGAAUGCGAAAGUCAACUUCUGGCUGCAUCGGCCCCGGUACCGUUCAUCCAGUUACCGUUGAUGAACAUUCCAACGACGGUUGCUGCUGCUGCACCACCACAGCCACCGCCAUCGGUAAUACCUUCACGAAACGUCCCUGCUGUAGCUGUACCACAAACGGCCGAACAAGUGAAGCAACAGCUAAAAGCACAGCUGGAAUAUUACUUCUCCAGGGAAAAUUUGAUGACGGAUAGGUUUUUGCGCUGCCAGAUGGACAACGAUCAGUAUGUACCAAUACGAAUUAUUGCUGGCUUUCCGAAAGUGAAACGACUUACCAGCGAUUAUAAUUUGGUCGUCAAAGUCCUGCGAGAAUCUUCGCAUGUACAAGUGGAUGAAAAAGGAGAACGGGAGGUAGCAUCGAUGUUCACUGGUGGCCCGCCGUACUUGAGCCUGCAGUACGGUCUCAACAAUAGCUGGUAUGUUACGUUUGAAUCGGAAGAAGCUACGCAGCGUGCAUUUUUGCAUUUACAGAAUCUUGGCAAAACGUUUAACAAUAAACCGAUUUGUGCACGCAUAAAAACAGGUGGAGCGCCUUGUUCGGAACCAAUAAAUGUGGUACCGGAACGAUCUGCCCCCGCGGUGCCAUCGGACGCGCCAGCUGAUCCGGUGGUAUUGAAUCCUAUUCCUCCUCCUUCUGUUGCUGCUUCGCCUUCUUCAUCUGAUAGUUUUGAUUUGGGCCAAAUUUUGGCCAGUUACGGGUAUGUGCCGCAGGCUACUUUCAAGCCAGGUGGUGCAACGGUUGUUCAUAUAUCAUCGGCAGCCGUCAAUAUGGCCCCCAAUCGAACUUUUGGUCAACAACGAUUGCGUAAUUCCGCUCCCUCAGCAACGCAACAGCUUUCUGCACCUCAUUUUCGAGGUUCCAGUAAUCGUGGUCGAGGAGGUUUUAUGUAUAAUCAUCAACGACCGUACGGUGGUGGCCAUCGUGAAUUCAGCAUGAGCAGUACUAGCUAUCAGCAGCAACACGGCGGUGGUGCACGGCGACCUCCGGGCAAUCAGGGCGAUGCUCAUCGAGAUGGUUAUCGGGACCGAAACAACGAUCCCACCACUACCAGCACAUUUAAUCGUCCACGAGGCCGGCAAAAUCGUGGAUUGCGAAGUCGAACGCCCGUUGAAUCUCAUCAGCUUGCUCAGAAUGACGUACGACGACGAUAUGAUUACGAGCAGACAGGCGGCCGGUAA